AUGGGGCUGUUGUACGUGGUGGGGGAGUUGUUCGCGUUUCACGCGACGCUGUGUUGGAGGCGGAUGUCGACGUACGAGUACAUCGUCGCGGAGCGGGCGAUCGCGGCGGACGCGAGGGCGGCGGCGAUAGAGCGGGGGGAGGACGGGAGCGAUAUUCAGGUUCGCACCAGCGUGUGUCGGUUGUGUCGGCUGCCGGAGGCGUACGCGCCGGAUAGGGAGAAAACGGCGCCGAAGACGCCGAAGGCGCCGAGGGCGAUCAAGACCAAAGCCGCGGAGCCGCCGCCGCCGUCGGCGUCCGCGAAGGAGCGCGGAGGUUUGUUUUCGCCGUUCAAGGCGCGCGCGAACAAGUCAAAAGUAUUCACCGACGAACCGGAUUCGCCGCCGCCGGUGAAACGCGAAGAGGCGCUCGGGCACUUUGACGAGACGCUGCAGGCGCUCUCGGACGCGCGCGGGGCGUCGCGAAAGGGCGGACGCAAGUAA